AUGAUUCUUUUCUAUAAUUACCACGUCAUUCGAAAGACAAGUACAGGUUUAAUCUAUCUAUCUAUCUUUCUUUCUUUCUUUUGCUUUCUUUCUUUCUUUUUUCUUUCUUUCUUUCUUUCUUUCUAUCUAUCUCUGUCUGUUCCUAUCUAUCUAUCUCAAUGUUAUACAUCUAUCUCAAUCUGUUUAUAUUUAUCUCAGUCUGCUCCUAUCUAUCUAUCUAUUUAUCUAUCUCAAUAUUCUGUUCAUAUUUAUCUAUCCAUCUCCCUGUCUAUCUCAGUCUGUUCAUAUCUAUCUAUCUAUCUCAUCCCACCUAUGUAUGUAUGUAUGUAUGUAUCUAUCUAUCUAUCUAUCUUUAUUCAAAUCUAUCGAUCUAUCUAUAUAUAUAUCUAUCUAUCUCUAGUCAAAUCUAUCUAUCUAUCUUUAUUCAAAUCUAUCUAUCUAUCUAUCUAUCUACCUAUCAAUCUAUCUCUAUCAAAUCUAUCUAUCUAUCUAUCUAUCUAUCUAUCUAUCUAUCUAUCUAUCUUUAUUCAAAUCUAUCUAUCUAUCUCUAGUCUAAUCUAUUUAUCUAUCUAUCUAUCUUUAUUCAAAUCUAUCUAUCUAUCACUAGUCAAAUCUAUUUAUCUAUGUAUCUUUAUUCAAAUCUAUCUAUCUUUAUUCAAAUCUAUCUAUCUAUCUAUCUAUAGUCAAAUCUAUCUAUCUUUAUUUAAAUCUAUCUCUAGUCAAAUCUAUCUAUCUAUCUUUAUUCAAAUCUAUCUAUCUCUAGUCAAAUCUAUUUAUCUAUCUAUCUUUAUUCAAAUCUAUCUAUCUUUAUUCAGAUCUAUCUAUCUUUAUUCAAAUCUAUCUAUCUAUCUAUCUAUCUAUCUAUCUAUCUAUCUAUCUAUCUAUCUAUCUCUAGUCAAAUCUAUCUAUCUUUAUUCAAAUCUAUCUAUCUCUAGUCAAAUCCAUCUAUCUAUCUAUCUAUCUAUCUAUCUAUCUAUCUCUAGUCAAAUCUAUCUAUCUUUAUUCAGAUCUAUCUAUCUAUCUAUUUAUCUAUCUAUCUCUAUCAAAUCUAUUUAUCUAUCUAUCUUUAUUCAGAUCUAUCUAUCUAUCUAUCUAUCUAUCUAUCUAUCUAUCUCUAUCAAAUCCAUCUAUCUAUCUAUCUAUCUAUCUAUCUAUCUCUUUAAAUCUAUCUAUCUUUAUUCAGAUCUUUCUAUCUAUUUAUCUAUCUAUCUCUAUCAAAUCUAUUUAUCUAUCUUUAUUCAAAUCUAUCUAUCUUUAUUCAAAUCUAUCUAUCUAUCUAUCUAUCUAUCUAUCUAUCUAUCUAUCUGUCUAUCUAUCUCUAGUCAAAUCUAUCUAUCUUUAUUCAAAUCUAUCUAUAUUUUAAUCUAUCUAUCUAUCUAUCUCAGCCUGUUCAUAUUUUUCUAUCUAUCUAUCUAUCUAUCUAUCUAUCUAUCUAUCUAUCUAUCUAUCUAUCUUUUCAGCUUUUCAAUCUUUCCCUCUCGCUAUAUUUUUUUUCAUUCAGAUUUCAACAUCUCUGUAAAGUCAUUUCUGUGCCCCUGGCAUUCCAUUUUUUCUCUCCAUUCCAUUUUUUUCUCUCUCACUCUGUCGCUUAAAUAUCAUUAUUGUAAUGAUCUACCGCUAUCUCUCUCCUCUUUUACUCUCUCGCCUUCUAUUUGUUUCUAUCUAUUUCUUUCUAUCUAUCUAUGUAUCUAUCUAUCUAUAAUCUGUCUAUCUAUGUAUCUAUCUAUCUAUAUAUCUCUUUCUCAUUCCCUCUCUCUGUCUUUCGCAUCUAUCCAUCUACCUAUCUAUCUCAGUCUGUUCAUAUCUAUCUAUCUGAAUCUCUUUAUUUCUAUAUCAGUCUUCAUUGCUUUCUUUCCUUCUCAGGCUAUCUAUCUAUCUAUCUCGACAAAUAGAUCUAUCUAUCUAUCUAUCUAUCUAUCUAUCUAUCUAUAUUAUGUUACCUGA